AUGGGGGGAAUAGAGAAGACAAUCAUUGCCAAAACCGUUUGUAACUUGAACUUUGAAAGAUUCAAAUAUAGCAUUUUCCUUGCAAAUAUUAAAGAAGCUUCAAAACAACCAAAUGGUUUGGUUCGAUUACAAAGACAACUACUUCGGGAUAUUUUGAAGGGGAAGAAGCAAAAAAAUUGCAGUGUUGACGAAGGGGUCAUGAAGAUUAAAGAUGCUAUAUGCUGUAAAAAGGUUUUUGUUGUUCUAGAUGAUGUGGAUCAAUUGGAUCAACUAAAUGCAGUAUUUGGGAUGCGAGAGUGGCUUUACCCCGGAAGUAAAAUUAUCAUAACAACUAGAAAUGAGAGAUUGCAAAUGGCUUAUGAAGUGUGUAAAAUGUUCAAGGUUAAUGAAUUGGAUAACCAUCCAAUUGAGGGCUACGCGGAGCACUCACGAAGUGUACUACAGCACUGUGGAGGGCUUCCUUUGGCUCUUCAAGUGUUGGGUUCCUCUCUCCGUGGCAGAAGUGUAAAGGUAUGGGAAAGUGCAUUGGUGAAAUUGGAAGCAAAUCCUGAUAAUCAUAUCAUGGAAAAACUGGCUGUAAGCUAUGAGUCUCUGCAAGAUGAUCUGGAUAAGAAACUAUUCCUCUAUAUUGCUUGUUUCUUUGUUGGGAAGGACAAGGAAUGUGUGGUUAAAAUACUAGUGUCAUGA